AGCUGACCAUCCAGCAGUGUCUGGCAGGCCCGUGUCAUGCGUGCCUAAGUGCUUAUAUGGAUGGCUUUCCAGUAGCUGGGUGUGCCUGUGGGCUGGGGAGAAGGGGGUGUGGUACCCGGACUUCGGGAGAGAGUUGCUGUUUACCUGUGGAUGUGAGGGUGUGUGGUGAAGCACUACAGUGUCAAAAAGUUCUCAAGGUGCAGAGGGGAACCCCUAGACAGGCCUUGCCGGAAUCCUGCGGUGACAGAACAAGGAGUCUCAUUCCAUUCCUCCUGAAAAAAAGAAAAAAUAACUGCUGGGAAUUUCUGAGCAAGUGGCAACAGGGAGGUGGUGGCGGGAGCUGCCUUUGCCUUAAAAGGUGUGACGGAGCCAGGGACUUAGCUCACUUGGGGAUGGCCAAGGGGUGUGGAGCGGUGGGUGGCUGGCCACCACCUUGUGGGCUCGCCGCAAAGUGCUCUCUAGAGAGCCUGGAUCUUCACUGAUGGCCUUGCUGGUGAGGGCUGUGCUGCUCCACCUCUAUCCCCUGCCCAGAGGGCUCAGUCCCAUGCAGCUGGCAGCCCACCCUCCUCCAGGUGAGAACGCAGCUACUUGCUGGAGCUUCUGGCGGUCCCCCUGCCCUGUCUCCUGGCCAGUUCCCAGGAUCCCAAAGUCCCCUUCCCUUUUCUUUUUUUUCUGAAGUAGAGUCUCACUCUGUUGCUCAGGCUGGAAUGUGCAGUGGUGCAAUCUUGGGGCUCGCUGCAACCUCUGCCUCCUGGGUUCAAGUGAUUCUCCUGCCUCAGCUUCUCAUGUAGCUGAGAUUACAGGCUCCCACCACCACAUCCAGCUAAUUUCUGUAUUUUUAGUAGAGACAGGGUUUUGCCAUAUUGGCCAGGCUGGUCUUGAACUCCUGACCUCAGGUGAUCUACCCGUCUUGGCCUCCCAAAGUGCUGGGAUUAUAGGCGAGAACCACUGCGCCUGUCCUCCUUCCCUUUCAGGAGCAGUCUCAGGAGCCCAGGCCAGGUCACCGAUAGGAGAGAGGCCUGGUGCAAACCUCACAGGAGGCAGGAAAUUACUGUAGCCCUCCCUAUCGUCGAGCCUACCCUCCGACACCCCCAGUGGAUUCCUGGAACCGGAUAGUACCGAACCUCUGUGGAUUAGGCUUUUUCUCUCUGAUCACCAAGAGCGCUAUGAAGUGACUCAAGGGUGGGAACGCCUACUGUGCGGAGACACUGGACAGAGGAACGAGUCUCGUUGCUGCGCGAUUUCGUCACCCUACUCAGAAUGGCAUGCUAUGUAACAUUAUGAAUUAUUUCUGAAGUUUUCUGUUUAAUAUUUUUGGGCUGUGGCUGGCUGCUGGAAACUGUGGUCAAGGAAAGUGAAAUCACAGGGGAUCGCUGCUGUAACUCCACAGGCCGGAGAGUGAGGGAGGAAGGGAGCAUCCAGGAACCAUCCAGAGUCCAACCUCCCCAGCCACUCAUCCACAAUCGGCAACACUCACACCACAAGGCUGUGCGCAGGACCGCAGUUAGCAAUAACUGAGCAUCUUGCUCUGUAUCGGGCACUGAGCAUUUUACAUAGAGAAAAAGCCUUCAGGCUCACUCCUUGAGGCAGGUUCUGUUAUGAUCCCAUGUCACAGUAAGAAACCGGGGCUUGUGGAUGAGUAAGUUUCCCAGGACACAGUGUGUGAUUGGUGGGGUUCAAUGUGAGCCGAGGCGUCUCUUCACCCUCACGCUAGGCUGCCAGGGAUUGGUAAAGUGGAUGCUGGCUUAAGGGAGAAGGAGAGGACUCAUUUGUUGAACACCUACUAUGUGCCAGGGUUUGUACUAGACUUUCAGGGUUACCUUAUUUUUAUUUUUUGAGACAGGGUCUCAUUCUGUCACCUAGGGCAGGAGUGUGCAGUGGUGUGAUCACGACUUACUGCAGCCUUGACCUCCCAGGCUCAAGUGAUUCUCCCACCUCAGCCUCCCGAGUGGCUGGGACUACAGGCGUGCGCCACCAUGCCUGGCUAAUUUUUGCAUGUUUUGUAGAGACUGGGUCUUGUUAUGUUGCACAGGCUGGUCUCAAACUCUUGGUCUUUGUUUUUCUUUUUCUUUUUGAGAUGAAGUCUUGAUCUUGUUGCCUGGGGUGGAGUGCAGUGACGCAAUCUCGGCUCAAUGCCACCUCCGCCUCCCGGGUUCAAGCGAUUCUCCUGCCUCAGCCUCCCGAGCAGUUGGGACUACAGGCAUGCACCACUACAUCCAGCUAAUUUUUGUAUUUUUACUAGAGAUGGGUUUCACCAUAUUGGCCAGGCUGGUCUCGAACUUCUACCUCGUGAUCCACCCACCUCAGCCUCCCAACGUGCUGGGAUUACAGGCACGAGCCGCCGUGCCAGGCAUUACUUCUGUUUUCAUAGGGAGGAAAUUGACGUCCAGCAAGGUUAAGUCAAGACCCUGAGGUCAGACUCUCAGGAGUAGCGAGGCAAGGAUAUAAAAUCCAGGCUCCAGACACGAGCGCACAACCAUCACACAGCCCUGCCCUCAUGGAGGAGGGCUGCGAAGGCUCUGGGUGAGGACUGGAGGGACAAUGUUUCCAGUAGCCACUUUGACCUCCCAUGCUCCUUGGCCCCUGACCGUCUCCCAGGCUCCUACAAUAGGCCCCUGCUUUUUUUUAAAUUUUUUUUGAGAUGAAGUCUCACCCAGGCUGGAGUGUCACCCACCUCGGCUCACUGCAUGCAACCUCCAACCUCCAACUCCUGGGUUCAAGCAAUUCUGUCUCAGGCUCCCGAGUGGCUGGGACUACAGGUGCAUGCCACUGUACCCGGCUAAUUUUUGUAUUUUUUUAGUAGAGAUGGGGUUUCACCAUGUUGGCCAGACCAGUCUUGAACUCCUGACCUCAGGUGAUCCACCCACCUCGGUCUCCCAAAGUGCUGGGAUUACAGGCAUGAGUUUCUGUGCUUAGCUGGGCUUUUGUGCUUCUUUAUGGAUGAGGCCCCCAGGAGCCGGGUACUACAGCCAGCCCCACCCUCGCUGGGCUCUGAGCCUCCACAGCAGGCCUCCAGGUCACUGAGCUUCAUGUGGCUAUGGAGAAGUGACGCUUUCCCAUCGGCUCGCACCAGAUUCCCACUUAGCCUGGCAAAGGAAAAUGGCUGUGAGGGAAGGUGCUAAAGAUAGCUACCUUGCAACUUCCCCAUCCUACUGGCCGCUGCCUCCUUCCCAGUGGACCCCUCCAGCAGCUCCCCGACUCCAGGCUGUCCUUGAGCCUGGUCAGCCAGCCUGGGGUAUGAGUAGGGACCCAGGCGAUGGUCACCACCAUGGCUGCUGUUACUGAAGACUCAUUGGCCCCAGGUACUGGGCCAGGCAGGACUGUGCCUGUUGCACAUGAACCCCUCAACAGGAGGCAGGAAGAAGCAUGAUUGUCAUCCCCACUUGAUAGAUGGGGGUCCAAGCACAGAGAAGGACCAGCUGCUGUGAAAGCCCCAGCCCAUCCCCACGCCAGCGCCUGGAACACACCUCUACACACCACGCCACCUUCCCCCAUGGCCCAGGGCCUAUGGAAACACUGACGUGGCAACACUAGGGCCCAUGACAACACCAUGUCAUCCCCCAUCCAUCUGUGACACCAUCUCUACCUGCAGUGGGAGUAUUUAUACCAGGGACAUAGGCAGACACUAGAGAUCAGGGCAUUCCUGCAGGGAGCUGGUUGUUAGCAUUUACCAGCAUAGCACUGGCCCCGACCUUCUGUUCCACUGGUGACACCAAAGGCUGAACCUAGCUGGAAGUGGCAAGGGAGUUGGGUUGAUAUGGUCCCCAGAGGUCAGCAUCCUGGGCAUGGGGCAGUGGGUGGAAGGGCGGCUUGAGGAUCUGGAGUGACAGACACAAAAUCCAGCCCAAUGCCCAGCGCUUCACUCUUCCUGGGAACCACUAUUGCCAGCAUUUCACAGGCACGUUUAAUCAGAGGCAGGAGUUCCCACCUCAGCAGCUUCCCGGCUCCAUAUUGCACAUUCAUUUACAGCUGACCCGUGAACAAUGCGGGGUGGGGGUGAGGUGGUGAUGCCCCCAUGCAGUCGAAAAUCCAGGUAUAACUUUUUGACUCCCCUAAAACUCAGCUACCAAUAACUUUUUUUUGAGACCAAGUCCUGCUCUGUAGCCCAGGCUGGAGUGUAGUGGUGCAAUCUGGCUCACUGCAACCUCCGCCUCCCGGGCUCAAAACAUCCUCCUGCCUCAGCCUCCUGAGUAGCUGGGAUUACAGGUGCCUGCCACCACACUAGGCUAAUUUUUGUAUUUUUUAGUGGAGACGGGGUUUUGCCAUUUUGCCCAGGCUGGUCUCAAACCCCUGACCUCAAAUGAUCCGCCUGCCUCAGCCUCCCAAAGUGCUGUGAUUACAGGUAUGAGCCACCUCGCCCAGCCUUAACUAUAAGUUACUGUUGACUGUGAAAACAGUUGAUUAACAAGUAUUUUGUGUUUUAUAUGUAUUAUAUACUAUAGUCUUUUACAAUAAAGUAAGUUAGAGAAAAGAAAAUGUUAUUAAGAUAAUCUGGCUGGGCACAGUGGCUCACGCCUGUAAUCUCAGCACGUUGGGAGGCUGAGGCAGGUGGACUGCUUGAGCGCAGGAAUUGGAGAUAAGCCUGGGUAACAUAGACAGACCGUAUCUCUACCCGCGCCCCCCCCAAAAAAAAGCCAGGUGUGGUGGUGUGUAUCUCUAGUUCCAGCUACUUGGUGUUUUUGAUUUUUUUUUUUUUUUUUUUAAGAUAGAGUUGCUCUGUUGCCCAGGCUAGAGUGCAGUGGCACAAUCUCAGCUCACUGCAACCUUUGACUCCCAGGUUCAAGCAAUUCUCCUGCCUUAGCCUCCUGAGUAGCUGAGAAUACAGGUGCUUGCCACUAUGCCUGGCUAAUUUUUGUAUUUCUAGUAGAGAUGGGGUUUCACCAUGUUGGCUAGGCUGGUCUUGAACUCCUGAUCUCAAGUGAUUCACCUGCCCAAGUUCCUGUGACCAGAUACUUGGGAGGCUGAGGUAGAAUCAUUCGAGCCCCAGAGAUUGAGGCUGUAGUGAGCUAUGAUUGCACCACUGCACUCCAGCCUGGGCAACAGGGUGAGACUCUGUCUCUAACAAGAAAAGGAGAAAAAAUAAAACCUUAAGAAAUAGAAAGUCUAGUUGAUCUUCAUUAAGUGGAAGUGACUCAUCAUAAAGGUUUUCAUCCUCAUCAUCUUCACAUUGAGUAGGUUGAGGAGGAAGAAAAGGAAUGGGGGGGUCUUACAGUCUCAGGAGUGGCAGAGGCGAAAAAAAUCUGCAUAGAAGUGGGUCAUUGGUGGAUCACCUGAGGUCAGGAGUUUGAGACCAGCCUGACCAACAUGGUGAAACCCCAUUUCCACUUAAAAAAUACAAAAUUAGCUGGGCAUAGUGGCACAUGCCUGUACUUUCAUCUACUCAGGAGGCUGAGGCAGAAGAAUUGCUUGAACCCAGGAGGCAGAGGUUUCAGUGAGCCGAGAUUAUGCCAUUGCACUGCACCCUGGGCGACAAGAGCAAGACUCCAUCUCAAAAAAAAAAAAAAAAAAAAAAAAAACAACAGAAGUGGACUCUUGAAGUCCAAACCCAUGUUAUUCAAGCGCCAACUGUAUAUAUAUAUAUUUUUUUGAGAUGGAUUCCCGCUCUGACACCCAGGCUGGAGUGCAAUGGCAUGAUCUCGGCUCACUGCAACCUCCGACUCCCAGGUUCAAGCAAUUCUCUUGCCUCAGCCUCCUGAGUAGCUGAAUUACAGGUGACUGCCAGAAUACCCAGCUAAUUUUUUUGUACUUUUAGUAGAUGGGGUUUUACGACGUUGGCCAGGCUGGUCUCGAACUUCUGACCUCAGGUGAUUUGCCCGCCUCAGCAUCCCAAAGUACUAACAUGACAGGCUUGAGCCACUGUGCCCAGGCUUGAGGGUCAGUUGUAUUCAUACAUCACCAUUACCAACCCUUAUUAAGCACCAACUAAGCAUCAGGCAUUCAAGGCUCUUCACCAGGCGGCUGCAGCCUGCCAGCUCAUCCCAGGCUGCUGUGCCUCAGCCACGCGGGACCACCAGCGUCAUCCUUCCUCCCGGGUGUGUCUUGGUAUCCCUGUCUGCAAUCCUGGUGUGGUGCCUGGAAGAGAAUUGUCCGAGGUUGGCUCCUGGCUAGCCUCUUCCCAGUGUUGGGACACCUGUCUUGGCUGGGCACAGCGGCUCACACCUAUAAUCCCAGCACUUUGGGAGGCCGAGGUGGUGGGGGGGAUCACCUGAUGUUAGGAGUUCGAGACCAGCCUGACCAACAUGGAGAAACCCUAUCUCUACUAAAAAUACAAAAUUAGCUGGACAUGCCUGUAAUCCCAGGUAUUCGGGAGGCGGAGGCAGGAGAAUUGCUUGAACCUGGGAGGUGGAGGUUGCGGUGAGCCAAGAUCUCACCAUUGCACUCCAGCCUGGGCAACGAGAGCAAAACUCCAUCUCAAAAAAAGAGAGAGAGAAAAAAAAGGCUGUCUUGAGGAUUAAAUGGGCGACUCUCGAUGAGCCCAGCCCAGCUCCUAGUACCUGUUUUUUAUUCAACGUGCACUCCUCCCACACCCUUUCAGGCUCUGACCCCCAGCCCUCUGUUGGGAAAUACUUGCUGAAUGACUGGUUUUGCCUACGAGAAGGUCAUAAUACCUUCAAGGUCACUUCCAUGUCACAGAUGGCAAAACCAGGGCUCUGAGAGGAAACCAGGUCCAGAGGCACCACUUAGUCCCCCACUCCAAAGCCCACCACCUUCUCCACUAAGAGAGGCAGCAAUUGGCAGCUCAAGGGCCAGCCCACUCCGCAGUUAUGUUUCGUUUGGUCCUCAGAGUUGCAAAAGAAAACUAAAUGGAGCUGACCUUUACGAGUCAGGAGCUUUCACACAGAACUCGGAUUUCCAGCUUCUUUGGGCAAUGGGGUGAUCUGGUGGCAGCAGAAGCUGCGGAGCUGCUGCCCAGCCGCCAUCUCAGAGCUACCUCGGCCGGCCUGGCACCCAGCAGGGUCCAGCACACAGGAGGUGCUCAGCGAAGGACUGGGAGGUGAAAGAGACUGGGUCAGAGGGACAAAUGAAGUGCCUACUGGCCGUUCCUAGGAAACCUAUUUGGGUGAGCUUGUUUUACACGAUACCUUGAAUUCAGGAGUUGGUAGAUUUUGACCAUUUUUUGUUUUUGAGAUGAAGUCUCACUCUGUUGCCCAGGCUGGAGUACAGUGAUGUGAUCCUGGCUCACCACAGCCUUGGCCUUCUGGCACAAGCGAUCCUCCUGCCACAGCCUCCUAAAUAGCCAGGACUACAGACACAUGCCACCAUGCCUGGCUAACAGUUUUUUUUUUUUGAGAUGAAGUUUCACUCUUGUUGCCCAGACUGGAGUGCAAUGGCAUGAUCUCAGGUCACCACAACCUUGGCCUCCUGGGUUCAAGCAAUUCUCCUGCCUUAGCCUCCUGAGUAGCUGGGAUUACAGGCAUGUGCCACCACGCCCAGCUAAUUUUUGUAUUUUUAGUAGAGACGGGGUUUCACCAUGUUGGCCAGGAUGAUCUCAAUCUCUUAACCUCGUGUUCCGCCCGCCUCAGCCUCUUAAAAUUCUGGGAUUACAGGCGUGAGCCACCGAGCUUGGCGCCUGGCUAAUCUUUAAAAAAUUAUUUUGUAGAGACAGAGCCUCACUAUGUCGCCAAGGCUGGUUUUGAACCCCUGGGCUCAAGCAGUUCUCCAGCCUUGGCCUCCUAAAGUUCUGGGAUUAUAGCCGUGCGCCACCACACCUGGCCACCACACUUUGAUCUUUAAAAACCUGACCAAUGGGCCAGACGAGGUGGCUCAUGCCUGUAAUCACAGCACUUUAGGAGGCUGAGGUGGGCGGGUCACCUCAGGUCGGGAGUUGGAGACCAGCCUGACCAACAUGGAGAAACCCCGUCUUUACUAAAAAUACAAAAUUAGCCAGUCACGGUGGUGAGUGCCUGUAGUUCCAGCUACUUGGGAGGCUGAGGCAGGAGAAUUGCUUGAAUCUGGGAGGUGGAGGUUGCAGUGAGCCAGGAUUGCCCCAUUGCACUCCAGCCUGGGCAACAAGAGCAAAACUUAGUCUCGAAAAACAAACAAACAAAAAAACCAGAUCAAUGAGCCUGGAAAUCAUCCAAAAGUUCACUGGCCUCGAGGCCACCAUAUACAGCAUUGUCUCCUUGGCCUGGGAGCGCCAUGCCUCAAUGCAGGUAGAGCUGGAGCUGCAAGUGCCCCUCAUGGAGGGACCUCUCGGUGCAGAGCAAAAAGGGCAAUUUGCAGAGAAACGCCCACAUUGCAGCUAGAUAUCUGCACCCUUCCUUCCGCAUGUGUUCUGUCCUCCUGGAUGGGUGCUUGUGGGAUCCCAGCUCCCAGCACCUGGCUCCGCUGGCCUCCCUCCCAGAACAGCGGCCCAUGUCUGUUCCUCAUCUGUCAGUGCCGAGAUGGACCUGAAGCAGCAUCCACAGGCCCUUCCAGUGGGCAGGACAGAUGGAAUCACCCUGUUUCCGCCCACCCCCGCCCCCAGAACUUGUGCCCCAGCAGCCAGAGUAGCUGAAAGUGUGGGAGGUCGGGCACCCAGAGCGGGGCAGCCACAGCCAGCCCAGAAGCCUCUGGUUUCCGAAGCCGGCGCCUUCUUCCUGGGCUGAGGCCACAGCGUGGGUGAUACACGUCCAAGGAGCCAUUGCCGUGCUGCUCCUCGUGGUCUCGUCAAAGCCGCACACGAGUUUCCUAGCCCUGGAGGAGGAGGUCUAGAGACCCAGGCUGGUCCAGGGACCCUCAUCAUGGCCACAGGAGUCCAGGACUUUAACUGGACAGAGUAUGAUCGACUGAAUGAGAUAAAAGGUCACCUGGAAAUUGCCUUAUUGGAAAAACACCUCUUACAGGAGGAGCUCCGGAAGCUUCGAGAAGAAACCAAUGCAGAGAUGCUGCGGCAGGAGCUGGACCGGGAGCGGCAGCGGCGGAUGGAGCUGGAGCAGAAGGUGCAGGAGGUGCUGAAGGCCAGAACCGAAGAGCAGACGGCUCAGCAGCCCCCGAAAGGGCAGGCCCAGGCCAACAAUGGAGCAGAGCGCCGGAGCCAGGGUCUGUCCUCACGCCUGCAGAAGUGGUUCUACGAGAGGUUUGGGGAGUAUGUGGAGGACUUCCGGUUCCAGCCCGAGGAGAACACCGUGGAGACGGAGGAGCCCCUCAGCGCCCGCAGGUUAACUGAAAACAUGAGGCGGCUCAAGCGCGGGGCCAAGCCCGUCACUAACUUUGUGAAGAACCUCUCCGCCUUAUCCGAGUGGUACUCUGUCUACACGUCUGCCAUUGCCUUUACUGUGUACAUGAACGCCGUGUGGCAUGGCUGGGCCAUCCCAUUGUUCUUAUUUCUAGCAAUUCUGAGGCUGUCCCUCAAUUACCUCAUCGCCAGGGGCUGGCGGAUACAGUGGAGCAUCGUGCCGGAAGUGUCUGAGCCCGUGGAACCCCCAAAGGAAGACCUGACUGUGUCUGAGAAGUUCCAGCUGGUGCUGGACGUCGCCCAGAAAGCCCAGAACCUUUUCGGCAAGAUGGCCGACAUCCUGGAAAAGAUCAAGAACUUGUUCAUGUGGGUCCAGCCGGAGAUCACACAGAAGCUGUACGUGGCACUCUGGGCCGCCUUCCUGGCCUCCUGCUUCUUCCCCUACCGCCUGGUGGGACUCGCCGUGGGGCUCUACGCUGGCAUCAAGUUCUUCCUCAUCGAUUUCAUCUUUAAACGCUGCCCGAGGCUGCGCGCCAAGUACGACACACCCUACAUCAUCUGGAGGAGCCUCCCCACUGACCCCCAGCUCAAGGAGCGCUCCAGUGCCGCCGUCUCACGCAGACUGCAGACGACCUCGUCACGGAGCUACGUCCCCAGCAGCACGCCAGCCGGCCUGGGUAAGGAGGAGGACGCCGGCCGCUUCCACAGCACCAAGAAGGGCAAUUUCCACGAAAUCUUCAAUCUGACGGAAAAUGAGCGUCCACUGGCGGUGUGCGAGAACGGCUGGCGCUGCUGCCUGAUCAACAGGGACCGGAAGAUGCCCACAGACUACAUCAGGAACGGGGUGCUCUACGUCACGGAGAAUUACUUAUGCUUCGAAAGCUCCAAAUCCGGGUCCUCAAAGAGGAACAAAGUCAUCAAGCUGGUGGACAUCACGGACAUCCAGAAGGUGGACGUGCCACAGGUGCCUGUGGACGGAGGAGGCUCAGUGAGGCAGCGGCAGGCACACUCGCCAGGGUGUCAGGGCCCCCAGCCCCUCACAGCUCCGAGCAUCCUGGCCAUGUCUGCGUUGGCACAGCGGGCUCUCCUAGCCCAUGGCAGUUGUGGUUCUCUCCCCUACCCGGCUCUGGAAAAAAGUGCACAGUCAGGUGACCAGAAGGGUACAAGGUCCUGUCUGUCCUCCCGGGUUCAGGCAUGGGGAUUGCUGUUUCCACGCCAUCAACCCAGAAACCACUCGUGUUUGGCGCCAUGGUGCACAGGGAUGAGGCCUUCGAGACCAUUUUCAGCCAGUACAUCAAGAUCACCUCAGCGGCAGCAUCCGGCGGUGACAGCUAGUAUUGACUUGCCCGGGUCGUUGCUGGAAUUUUUUUUUUUAACAAUUUGGUAGUGGAGACAAUUGGACAUCCUCAUGAGCUUUUGCAAUAAUUCUCCUGGACCUGUGGUUCUAUUGUGUUGACCUCUGCGUUUCAUUGGCCAUGAAGGGGCCAGGGCUCACAGGGACGGGGGUGUCCCUCUCCCGUGGGGCACAUCAGGUGCCUCUGAGGGACACCUGUGGACUGGGGGGGCAGAGGCCCUCGGGGGCCCAUGGAGAGGACGUACAGGACCCCGGGCCCUGCCCUUCUCCAUUCUAGCCUGUACAGAGAAACCUCUCUGGCUGCCCCAAGAGGUUCUCGCAACCUUGCGUCCUGCUCUCCAGAGGCCGGAAGCUCGUCCACCACCAAAGCCAUAGCUGAGGAGUGCAGGCCCCUCCCCCUGGGGACAGGAAGAUGUCAUCGUGGAGGGACAUGGGGGCGCUUCACCAACCACUGAGACGGGCCUGGCAGUCCUCCUUCCCCUUCCACAAGACCAUCCGGCUGCGUUUGCCCUUGGCACCGGGUCAGGGCCGGGCACAGCGUCCCUGCCUGUGCUCUACACUCGCUCCAUGGGAGCAGGAGAGUGAGACGGGCCCACCCCUUGCCUGCCCUCUGCCCGCCCUCGGUGUCUUCCGUGGCGCUUUCCUCGCCAGCCUCCAGGGCGCUCAGCCCCUCAUCAGUGAGGGCGCCUGCUGCUCUCUGCCUGACGCGCCGGCCAGGAGGUCUGUGGCGGGUGACCAGUAAGGGCACAGGAUGGUGUGCAGGGAAGAGCACAUCUUUCUCACACUUGGCUCUUUGGAAGGCCCAGGAGAACAUCCAAGAAAGCUGUCGGGGGUGCUCUGAGCACUGUGGCUUGUCCAGCCCGUGGCCUCUAGGCUGCGGCUGCCUGGAUUGGUGGGGGGAGGGAGCGGGCAGCAGCGUUCCGGGUCCGUGGUGGCCUAGGCUGCAGCCACCUUUGGGCCGUGGGAGCCGCUCGGGCAGCUCCUGUGCUUUAGGGAGCGCCUGUGAGCCGAGCCCAGAGGCUUGGGCCUGCACUGUCUACAGCCGAGGCGGCACAGUCUUCCCUCCCCUACGUGCCUAGUCGUGCCAGUUCAGCACAGACCCCUCCCAGCCCCCGCCCCACCCCAGGGAAGCCUGCACUUCCUGGGAACAAGGUGGGUUUGUGGAGGGAGCACCCCACAGGCCUGCUUCGCUGGGGCCUCCUGCACUGGGCUGAAGGGAGGGAAAGGAGGCCUGGGCCUCGUGGACGGAGGUGGCUUGCGCGUCUGCUGGGGUGGAUUCCGCAGCCCCCUCAGCUCGUCCCUUGGGUGUCGUUGAGAUUGUUGUUUUUUGAAGAAACAGAUUAUAUUUUUUACAGAGAGCAAGCUGUUUUUCUUAUUUUUAUAUCAUUUUUCAGAUGUAAUUUUUACCUUUGCUCCAAUCCUCAUUUCCUGGUGUGGGUGAGGGGUCCGGGGGCACGGGCUGGUUUCACCUGCUUCCUGGGGGCUGCAGGGUCACACGCUGGGGCCGGGGUGCUUUGCAGGGAGCCGCGCCGACCACCAGAUUAAGCACACAUCCCAUCCCGGGCAGCAGAACCCCCUCAGUUCUAGGCUGCACAGACAUCGGCGUCCAGGUGACGAAUGGGGGCAGAACCCGCUCUGAGCCAUGGGUCUGGCCCCUCGAGGGGUGCACCAGGGGAGGGGGCCCACCUCAGUGAACCCCACCUCGCUGCCUGAGGCAACAAGGCAACACAGGGUCGGUGCUGACCCACCCCCAGGGGUGGGUGUAGGGGCAGUGCUACAGUCGAUGUCACACCCUUCUCCCCUGGGCUGGGCUGGGCAGUGCCUGAGGGUGGGUCCAGGGCCUCCAGGCCGGUGAGCGCCUCUUCUUAGGUGCUGAGAUUCUGUCCCCAAACACAGCAGGAGGGCUCCCUGGGGCCGAUGGGGCUCCUUUACCAGAGUCGUGUGGUUUAGUUCGAGCCCCUUUUCUGGAGAAAGGGAGAUGAAAACUGACCACCUGCCGGGUGUGGCCGCAGACCUCCAGGCAGGGCCGGCUGCUGGAAGCGGGGAGAGGGAGGGCCAUGGCUGCCAGCACAGGCCCCUCCCUGGAGGUCCUCAGAGCAGAACUCAGACUGGCGCAGGCUCUGGGCUUCCCGUUGAGAGAAGCUGUAGUUUUUACCAAACUGUGUACAUCUGGGCAGAUGUUUAAUUUCUAUGACUAAUCACUGAACUAGAUGAAUGUUCAAUUUUUUAUGUCCGAAGCCUGAGUCUAUUUUGGAUCUGUGAAUAAUCGUUGCCAGUGUGACUUUUGUUCAACAAAAGGAUUGGACUGUAUUAAGAACCGAUGAAAAAACUUCCCUGUAACAUUUUUUAAAGAAAACUUUGUUUGUUUAAAGAAGAAGUCUUGUAUAAAUUAUAAUUUUUAUUUAAAUAAACCUAAAAUGCUUUGUGCUAA